ACGCAUGCGCAUUGGCAGCAGCUUAAGUGGGAGUUACACUCGGGCUUAUAGCAACGGAGAGCCCAGCAACGGAAACAACGGGACGUCGGUGAAAGGAACCGCGUUCACCUGAGUCUUUCUCCUUAGUGGUUACUCACACUCCCUUUUUCUAAAGUACAAACACAACACAAACUCAACAAAGUUACUCAGCGGUGAUACACUCUGCAUGUCAACGCAGGAGGAUGGCGGUGAAUGUCUACUCCACAUCGAUGAAUGCCGAUAACCUGAGCCGCCACGACAUGCUGGCAUGGGUUAACGACUCGCUACAGCUCAACUACACAAAGAUCGAGCAGCUCUGUUCAGGCGGAGCGUACUGCCAGUUCAUGGACAUGCUGUUUCCAGGCUGCAUACUGUUGAAGAAAGUCAAGUUUAACGCUAAACUGGAGCACGAAUACAUCCACAACUUCAAAGUCCUACAGGCUGCGUUCAAGAGGAUGAACGUGGACAAGAUCAUCCCUGUGGAGAGACUGGUGAAGGGGAAGUUUCAGGACAACUUCGAGUUCCUUCAGUGGUUCAAGAGGUUUUUCGAUGCCAACUAUGACGGGAAAGAGUACGACCCUAUACUGAUGAGGCAGGGCCAGGAGGGAACGCCGCCGCCGCCGCCAAUCGCAGGUCCCAUGAGGACGUCUCCCACGGCGCCGAAGACAGUUCCUCCUCCUCAGAGGCAGAUCCACACGGCACCCCGCAGGAGCACUCCGGUUAGCCGGAAUGGAGGAGACGGUGAGCUGAUGGAGCUGAACCAGCAGAUCAUGGACCUGAAGCUAACUGUGGACGGUCUGGAGAAGGAGCGGGACUUCUACUUCGGAAAGCUCCGAGACAUCGAACUGAUCUGCCAGGAGAACGAGAACAACCCCGUCCUCAGCAAAAUCAUAGACAUACUCUACGCUACAGAGGAGGGGUUUGCUCCGCCAGAAGAUGAAGACCUCGACGAAGGACCACGAGGAGACCAGGAGGAGUUUUAAAGCUCCUCUCUUCGUCAUCACUCACACUUCUGUCACUCAUCCUUUUAUCUCUCAUUUUUGACCUUUUGUCCCCGCCCCCUUCAGUUACUUUCCCCCCUUUUUUUUUUUCCACCGGCAAAGACACUAAUCGCGGUCUGGACUAACGCUCAGCCGCGCAGCUCGGCCCAUCAGUCUAAUCCUACCCAGAAAGCAGUGGGACAGCCGCCUCCCGCUGGACGAUCAGAAGGUGCAGCUCCGAGGCCAGCAGAGAGACCCUCUCUGGAUCCACGCACUGGGAUGCCUGUUCACGUGUCUGUUAGGAACCCAAACGACCAGACAUAUCAGACUGAAGCGGUCCAAACACUCCCAGGAAGUCAUUGUGAGGCCCCGACAUGUUCUCAUCACUUUUUCACAGCCUGUUUAGAAGAAAGCAUGGUGUAUUUAUCUUUUUAUUUAUUAAUCUUUUUAAUCUGCUUCUGAUGAACAAACAGAAAAAGCCUCGUUUGGAUUUGGGGGGAUUGAUGGUUUGCACUAAAUGUAGCGAAAAGCGACUGAACAGAUUCUAAAAUGCCAACAUGCAGUGAGUGGCUCCUGCCAGAGGAGACACAGGAAGAUGUAAUUUUAUAUUUUGUAGAUUUUGUUUGAAGACGUUUUAUUUUCUCUUUUGUUUUUACUGAAUUUUCUUAACGGCCAAGUCAGAGAUGUUUGUGUAGAAAGGAUUUUACAAUGUUUGGCUCCUAAUUUUAGAAAGGAAUUAAAAACAAAUAACAAUACUACUAAUGUUUGACUGUAAACCGGGUGAAACAUUUUAGCUGCUAUCAUUACUUCUGUUAGUUUUUCAUGUGUUUUCAUUGAAGCCGAGGAUGUUGGAGCGAUUGGUUUAAGAGUGUGCUUCAUAUCAGACCGCUCACCGCUUGUUACCAUGGCAGCCAUCUGACAAACAUGCAUCCUUUGAAGUUAAGCUGGAAUGAAAUAAAGCUCUGAGGUUUCAGGAAAAUACA